AUGAUUAAAAGAUGUACUAAACAAGUUAUUCAUAGCCUUUUACAAAUUUCGGGCAUCAUCCGCCAUUCUUCUGCUGAUUUCAUUCCGCUCUUUGAGAGAUUCGGACAAAUUAUGCUGCGCACAUUAAUUGUCGCAUUCAAUCAGGACGAUCUGACAGCUCCUCGUCAUUUGGAGGUAACUCAUGAGGGACAGUACUCGUUGGCAAUCAAAUGGGAUGCUCCUGAAUGUGGUUCUAUCGGAGAAUACCAGGUUUGAGA